AUGGAGGGGCUGAUAAAUUGGGCCCUAGCACUUAGUGAUAGGGAAGUGGUAUCAUACCUCGGAGUAGGCAUGAUUGUCAAUGGCUUGUUUGUAGCUCCAAUCCUAACCUACAUAAUGCCAGCUUACUACGGCCGAUACAGCGGAAAAGCCUGGUUUUCUAUUUCAGCGAAGCUCUCCUGGGUCGUUCAAGAAUGCCCGGCCUUCUUUCUUCCCUUCUACUACCUCCUAACGACUCCAGAUCUUGCUCUUCCGAAUCAGAUUCUUUUGGGAAUGAUGAGUCUUCAUUAUUUUCAGCGAUCGUUCAUCUAUGCUCUCAAGCAACGGAGUAAAAACGACGUCGCUAUUUCUAUCACUUUCUUUGCCUUCGUUUUCUGCUUGUACAACGGUUUUAUGCAGGGUCUGGCGUUAUCAUCUGUCUACUCUUAUCCCGCCAACUGGAGCAGCUCACCUCAGUUUAUCCUCGGAAGCGGAUUAUUCCUCUUCGGCUUCGCUGGAAACAUCCAUUCUGACUCAAUUCUUCGAAAUCUCCGAAAACCUGGCGAAUCGGGCUACAAAAUUCCGAGAGGCGGGGUUUUCGAAUACGUCUCCGCGGCAAACUACUUCUGCGAAAGUCUAGAAUGGAUUGGUUUUGCCAUUGCGUGUUGGAAUUUCCCAGCUGCGGCCUUUGCGACGUACACUCUUGCGAAUCUCCUUCCAAGAGGACUUUCCCAUCACCAGUGGUACAAGAACAAAUUCGACGACUACCCAAAAGAGCGAAAAGCUUUCAUCCCCUUUCUUCUUUAA